UGUGGCACGAGAAAAAUAUUGUAGAAUUAGAAUAUACUUUCCUCUGCUCUGCAAAAUCCUUAUUGCUUUUAUUAUCUCCUCCCUUUCUCAUCAUCGUCAUCGGAAACUAAGCUCUGUUUUUUCUUUUCUUUUCUGGGUCUCUCUGCAAAGCGAUGGAGCUUCUUCCUGAUUUUUUAUUUACAGUUGUUUUUUCUCUCUUGAUGGCUUUUGGGCUUUCUUUCGUUCUCCCUCUGGUUCUUUCUAUGUGUCCAAGCAGGGAUGCCAAUGACCAUGUGGGGAAAAGAAGGGUUCUUUAUGAGUGUGAAUCUCCGGUUCAACCCGAAAUUCAUGACUGGAGAAGUGAGAUACGAGGUGGGUUUGUUGAAAAAGUUGUGAAAGUUGAGGAAUUUAUAGGUGAAGAACCAAAAGAGGAAAGUUUCCUACUUCAAGAUUUUGUUGAUGAAAGUUGUGGAUCGCCAAAGGGACAUGAGGGUUCAAAGACUGAUGAAUAUGAAGUUUGCAGAGAAGUUGGAGUUGUUUGUUUGUCAGAGAAGAGUGUUGAAGAUGAAAGUUCUGGUGGGCAUGGUUGUCUAUGCGGGCGCUCAGAAAACAUGGUUGAUCAAAGUUCUGAGAGGCAUGAAUUUGGAGAAAUUGAGGUAGAUUUGACAAAAAACGUAGUGGGAAUCUUUGAAAGUGAAGAUAUCAAAUUUCCAGAGUGUGAUGGCAGUGAUCAUGAAGCUGAUCGAGCCAAAGAGAGUGUAGUAGAUGGUGUGGAAAAGGAGGGGUUGCUUGGUGAGGAUGAUUGGGAGGGAAUAGAAAGAACUGAAUUGGAGAGGCUUUUUGGUGCUGCAGUGGUGUUUGUUGGGUCUAAGAGUAAUGCUGAGAGAAGUUUAAGUGUUGGAAGUGAUGUGAAGACGAGGUUAGAUGGGCUUCACAAGAUUGCCACUCGAGGGCCUUGCUUUGAACCCCAACCUAUGGCAUUCAAGGUCUCUGCACGAGCAAAAUGGAAUGCUUGGCAACAACUCGGAAACAUGAGUGCAGAGGUAGCGAUGGAGCAGUAUAUCACACUUCUUUCAGAAAGAGUUCCUGGGUGGAUGCAAGAUGUUCACGGUGAUUUUGCGGAUGCCCAAGUGUAUGAGAAGAUAGCUUCUGAUCUGAAGACAUUUGUGCAAAACCAAUCAGAACCUGCAGGGGAAAGAAAAGUGGAAGAACUAAAGCCUGAUUUUAAAGGUUUAGAUGAGACAGGGGUGAGGGUCUUAAAUAAUUGAGCAAGGUUUGUGCCAAUUGUUCAUCACCAAGGUAGAGCAUCUUCCGGACAGCGGAGGCUACCAAGGCCCAGGAGGAGUUCACUUGAAGAAUUGGAAACAUCCAGUCUCAUUUGUGACCAGUACAUAUUGCCAUUGUCUUUUAUAAUAAAGAUUUAGCCAUGUGUUUAUGGUACUAUGUAUAUCCCACUUGCCCACUACAUCUCUGUUUAAACCAAACCCCUUUUGUUCCUUUGCAUGGGAGAAAUGAGAAGAAAAUUGGUGAUGUUACACCUCAACAAAACA